AAAAAAAUGGCUGCGAAAGAAGGUAGUAGGAUUUUUGUCGGUGGUUUAUCGCCGGAGGUGACAGAGAGAGACCUUGAACGAGCUUUUACCCGCUUCGGUGAUAUUCUCGAUUGUCAGAGUGAUGAAUUAGGGAUUGAUAUUGAUCAGAGCUACAUGGGUCAAGUUGAGAAACUGCUCUGUGAUUAAGAAUUUUUGGAAAUAUACAGUAAUGUUUUAGUCUCUCAGGCAAAAUGAUCCACAGUUUUGGGAUUUGUUUCACGAGGUUGGGACUGUUUGAUCUGGGAAUUUUUUUAGUUUGAUCUGGGAGGGAAGACUGUUUUUCGUUGAUUGAGCUCUGUGUAAUUCUUGAGUUCUCUAAGUAUGCCGACAAGGGGUUUUGGUUUCCUUCCUGAAAUAAGUUCCUUGUUACUGCUCUUACUUACUGUGUGAAGAUCCUGAAAUAAACAACUUUAGGAAGAAGGGCUAGUAAUUAGAUGUUUUUUAGCUGGGCUGGGAUGGGAUGCCUGAUUUGGUUUUGAGUGGUCAAUUUGAGAUGCUACCCAGUUCAGGCCAGUGUCAGCGUUCUCCUUCAGGUGGUGAAGAUGUUUAGUAUCCCCAUGCAGUUUAUCCACUGGCUAAACGCACUCUUUAUGCUUCAGUAAUUACGUUUGUGUAGGUCAUAGUUCUGAAUAAGCCCAGCCCACAUUUAGCUGUCUUUCUGCAAGUUGUGUUUCCUCUCAACGUCAGUGCUAGCAGUUUAGGUACUUCAGCGAAGUAUGACAUGCCGAAUGGAAAAUUACACUUAGUUGAAGCAGAGAUCUCAAGGUUUCUAUGAUCAUUUGGGACUACCUCUCCUUUCCUUAUCCCAGAUUUCUUACUUGUCUUUCUCGUCGGCUGUUAGUAGGAGUUACAUGGAUUUGAUAUUUUCCUUCCUUUGUGUUUCUUCUCCAGCCUAACAAAUAUCCUAAUUCACAAAUGCAAGCCAAUUAAAAUGAUUCUUGUGCCCGGGCCACACAUUUUCGAGAUCCACAAACCCCAACUUUCUGCGCUUAUCUUUUCUGGAAGCUUCUGAAACCUGAUAAAGUUCUUUGUAUGAGAUGGAAUUCUGUAUUUCUGAUCUGUUGGCUGUGGUGCUAUGUAAAGAGUUGUCAGCUCCAGUAGAUCUGAAUAAUUUUGGCUGGUCAAUGUCAGAUGAUUUCUGCAUAUUGAGAAGAAACAGAUGUUUGAUCAGGAAACAAGUACAGCUAAUUCACUGACUUCGUUUUGUCUGUAAACCUUCCUCUCUUUAAUUUUCUAAAUACAUCACCUAGCUGUUGAGAAUAGGGAUUAACUAGUAUACUAUUUAAGGGCAUUACUUGAGGAAGUUAUACUUUUGAAUUGAGAAAAAGUUGUUAAUGGUGUCUCCUACCUCUGCUUGAGAUUGUAGACUUGCUUUAAAGCUGCUUCAGUUUCUGGGGAUCUGUAUUGUGUUUUGCUCUGAAGUUGAGAUUGAUUGACAAUUUACUACACAAAGCAGGGUCACGGUGUAAUGCAGUGAACCUUAAAACCGAUGGGUGUUUCUUGAUGUCAAAUGGACUUGAUGUGAUCUUUCAGAUUUUGCAAUCGUUUCAUUUUACUACUGCCCUUCUAGUCAGUUUUAGCUACACGUAUGCAUAUAUCUUUGGGAAAUCAGCUUUUGUGGUGUGUUGUGUAUAGAUCAUGCUGGAAAGAGAUACCGGUCGUUCACGUGGAUUUGGGUUUAUCACUUUUGCUGAUCGCCGUGCUAUGGAUGAGUCCAUCAGAGAGAUGCAUGGAAGGGACUUUGGUGAUCGGGUUAUCUCAGUGAACAGAGCUGAACCAAAAGUGGGGAGAGAUGAUGGAGAAAGUCAUGGCUCUAGAGGUGGCAGAGACAGUGGCUAUUCAUUUGCUGGAAAAGGAAGCUUUGGUGGAGUUGCAGGUGGAGGUGGCCGUGUUGCUGAAGAUGAAUGCUUCAAAUGUGGACGGGUUGGGCAUUGGGCCCGUGAUUGUCCGUCUGCUUCUGGUGGUCGUGGUGGACCUGUUGGUGGUUAUUCUUCUCGUGCUCCUGCCUUUGGAGGAUCUGAUGGGCGUGUUGACCGUUAUGCUGACCGUGACCGCUAUGUGGACCGUGAACGCUAUAUAGAUGAUCGAUAUGAUGGUGCUGCACGCUUUGGUGCUAGAGACAGGUUUGACAGCAGAGAAGCCUACAUACCCCGUGAUCGAUACGGCAGUGACAGGUAUGGAGCCCCGGCUGAUAGGUUUGCAGGGGGUGAUAGAUACAGCCGUGGGUCAGAACGUUAUCCUCCAGCAAGCUAUGACAAAUCCCGGUCGUUUGAGAGAGACAUAGUCCCGAGUGCAGGCGGUGAUAGGUACAGUGGUGGUAGAGCGGGUGGGCCCAUACGUGGAGGAGAUGAGGGAAGAGGGUUUAGAAGCAGAGCCGGUGCUCCUUACGAGAGGCCGAGCCGAAGUGGUGGUGGUGGAGGAGCUUAUCCGUCGUCCUCUACAUUUGACCGUUACUAAGUUAUGAAUAAAGAGUGAUUUGAUGCCUUGUUAGGGUUUAUAUACACUCAGUCGUCUGUUCGUGUGUGUGUAAUGAAUGAACGUCUCUGUAAGCGUUCUAGGUGUAAAAACUUUUUUUCAUAUAUUAGUUUGAACUGUGUUUAGCUUUGUAUUUUGGUUUGUUUUGGAAAAAACAUUACAUGACUUUGAGUUUGAGUUUUUAUGUUACUGUGCACACAUAAUUAGCCUA